AUGCCUAUGUCGGCGGAAAACUACCCGAAGGCCAUCGAACUUCUGCUUAAUACAUACAACAGACCGGACGUUCUGCGCAACAGGCUCAUCGACCAGCUGGAGGCACUGCCUCCCUCGGGAAAAGCCGUCACAGAACAACGUAUUACAUUAUGCAAAGUUAAGGCAAUAUGGGUCCAGCUUGCCAACCUAUCUGAGCAACCUGGCUCAACGAUGACAAUGAGGAUGGUAAGGUCAAAAUUUCCAAGGAAGACAAGGGAAAAGGUUGGGGAGAGACGUCGAAAAGGUGCCACCUGGACUACAGAUGACUUGAUCGAAGCAUUCGAUGAAGUCAUAGACCAGCUGGAAAUCAUCGAGGACACGGAUCCAACCCCAACUUCAAAUUUCUGUCUACAACCCAGACACAAAACUGCAAACUGCGAUGAGGUGACUUCUCCUUACGAACGAAGGGAAGCUGUAAUACAUAAUCGCCUAUGCUGGAAGUGUCUUAAGCCAGGACACAAGAGUCAGGACUGCGAGGCCCCGGCGUGCUACAGGUGCGGUCGAAACCAUCAUAAAUCCCUAUGUCUUCAGCGAAGAUCCUCAUUGAGUCCGAGAAGACCAGGUAGCCCAGGGAACAGAUACUACAGAAGGAAUAGUUCAGUCGACAGUUAUUCAUCGGAAGUAAGCAGGAGAAACAGGUCAAGGUCUUCUUCUCGAUCCCCGAGUCCAGACGAGAGAGGAAGAUCUCCUACGCGAAGAACAAGGCCUUAUCGUAGAGGAUCUCCCCAUCCGAAGGUCGGAUUCCGGAAUCAAGCAAGAACCUAUGCCUACUCUAAUUCAUCCCCUACUCCAAGCUCGGAUCGUAGCCAAUCCAAGCAUAUGGCGAACUCUGAACUAGAUUCCAGCUCAGAAGAGCUCGAAUCUACAGCUGUCCGCGUUAAUACA